CGGAAAAAGACAACAACAAAAAAGUCAUGUACAUCACGGAAUAUCUGAGCCUUAUAGAGAGAGAGAAAAAAAUGCUAAAACUGUUUACACGCACUCGCCCAAAAAAUAACAGCCUAGGGUUUGACUGAUAAAAUGCACAAUUCUUGAAAAUUCAGUGACAAUUUUCCCGGCGAGUCGCGGUUAUCGCCGGCUGAUCUCCCAAUUGGCCCCACCAUUUCCGCUCUGAAUUUUUCCCAAACAAAAUACAAAUCUUUGUUGAUUUUCUGGUGCCGUGAAUUUUUAGUCCCCUAUCGCUUUAAAGAAAUUGAAUUCCAUUUUUUUGCAUGCAAUCGGGGGGUGGGGCACAGCAAGGCGGUGGUGCCGCCGCCGGGCAUGGGCGGGGCACUGCAGCCUCUGCCUCUGCCUCUCCGUCAUCAUCCUCUUCGGCUUCUCACCUGGACCAGCAGCUGCAGCAACAACAAAGACAGUUAUUGCAGCAACAGUUCCUUAGAAGACCCGAAGAAAGUGACCCUAAUUUAGCCUAUCAGUCUGGGAGUGUGCGUGGGUUUUUAGGAGUGAACAGUUUUUCUGGUGGACCUUCUAGCUCCAUGCAGCUGCCUCAGCAGUCAAGGAAGUAUAUUGAUUUAGGACAGCAGCACAAUUCCUCCAAUAUACGAAAUGAGGGUCAAAACAGGUGUGGCUAUGAACAACAAAUGUUAAAUCCUAUCCAACAGGCUUACAUGCAGUAUGCUUUUCAGACUGCCCAACAGAAAUCAGCUAUUGGGUCGCAAUCUCAACAGCAAACAAAGAUGGGAUUUUUUGGCACUCCAAUGAAGGACGAAGAAAGUAAGACUGGAAAUAUAAAAGUCCAGGAUCAUGUAUCUAUGCAGGCAACAACAAAUCAGUCACAGGCGUCAUCGUCCAAGAUGCCAUCUGAUCUAUUUUCACCUGAAAAGCUGACAGAUCAUGGUCAUCCGUCAUCUAUGACUGAUCAGAGGACUGAGCAUAAGCUGCCUAGUCAGUCCACAUUGCUCGGACAAGCAGUGGCUUUAAAGCAUUUACAGGCACAGCAGAAUCAACAGGCCAUUCAGAAUAUCUCAAAUAACCCUCUGAUGGCUGCACAAAUGCAUGCCCUACAAGCUUUGGCCUUUGAACGGAACAUCGAUCUGUCAAAUCCUGCCAAUGCAAGCCUUAUGGCCCAGCUCAUUCCAUUAAUGCAGUCCAGAAUGAUUUCACAACAAAAACCCAAUGAUAGCAAUAUGCCUCCAAAGUCUCCAUCUGUUCAUGUUCCAAAACAGCAGGUUAAUUCACCUAGAGUUGCAAAUGAUAGCUCUCCCCAUGGUAACUCCUCCAGUGAAGCGUCUGGGCAAUCGACUUCUGCUAAAAAUAAACAGACUGUUACAAGUGAUGGUCCUCUUGGACCGGCACAGUGUUCAGCUUCAGUUAAUCAUUCUAAUAACAUACCCAUGCAACAGUUUCCUGUCCAUAGCAGAGAGAACCAUUUACUUCCCAGGCAACAUAUGAUGGCUGCCAAUGGAUUGAGUCCUUAUCACUUACAGACAUCUCCUAACACUAUGCAAGGAAGGGAGAAUACUUUUACUGCUAAAGCUGCCUCAAGUGCUCCAGAAACUCUGCAGAUUCAGCAAAUCAAGCAGCUGAGCAGCCUGAGCCGACCUCCAUUGCAAUCUGCAUCUCAGGAUGGAAACUUCACGAACCCCCCUCCACCUCAUAGUGGAACCAUGCCUCCCCAGCUUCAACAACCACAUUUGGGAUUUUCUAAACAGCAGCUGCAUGUUCUUAAGGCUCAAAUACUUGCAUUUAGGCGAAUAAAGAAAGGAGAUGGGACUUUGCCGCGCGAGUUGCUCCAAGCAAUUGUUCCACCUUCCCUGGAUUCACAAACACAGGUUUUCCCCCCUAAAGCCCCACCACCCAAUCAAGACAGAUCUGCGAAAAGUACAGAAGACCCUGUAAGAAUCAAUGAACACCCUGAGAAGGGGACUCUGCUCACGAUUCCUACAGAAGGACAAAAUACUUCAAAGGAGGAAGUUUCUGGAGAGGUGCAAGUAAGUGCUGCAACUGUUGAUGUGCAAACACAGACAAAUGUGGAAAAAGAGAUCACGUCAGUGUUCCCUGCAGCAAAAGAAGAGCAGCAAACAACAGGACAUUCUGGUAAAUCAGACCAAGAUGUUGAACACAACAUUGAGAAUAACUCUCACAAAAGUGACAUUUCAACGGGAAAGGGGAAAGCAGUUCCCCCUGAAGCGAAUGUUUGUGAUACCAUGCAAGUAAAGAAACCCGCACAAACAAGCCCUGGGACUCAGCCCAAAGAUGCUGGUGCAGUACGUAAGUAUCAUGGUCCAUUGUUUGAUUUCCCUGUCUUCACGCGGAAAAACGACGCUUUUGGUUCAACCAUGAUGGCACCAAAUAGUAAUAAUUUGAUACUGGGGUAUGAGAUCAAGGAUCUUAUAGCUGAAGAAGGCAUUGAAGUUUUUAAAAGAAAAAGGGAAGAAAACAUAAAGAAGCUUGGCGAGAUUCUAUCUCUUAAUACAGAGAGGAAGAGGAUUCGACCAGAUCUUGUUAUACAGUUGCAAAUAGAAGAAAAGAAACUGAAGCUUGCUGAUGUGCAGGCACGUUUAAGAAAUGAGAUUGAGCAACAGCAGCAAGAAAUAAUGGCAAUGCCGGACAGACCGUAUAGAAAAUUCAUUCGGCUAUGUGAACGUCAGCGCCAGGAUCUUGCUAGGCAAGUACAGGCCUCUCAGAAAUCCAUAAGAGAAAAACAGUUGAAGUCUGUCUUCCAGUGGCGCAAAAAACUUCUUGAGGCUCAUUGGGCUAUCCGUGAUGCUCGAACUGCCCGAAAUAGGGGCGUUGCUAAAUAUCAUGAAAGGAUGUUGAGGGAGUUCUCAAAGAAAAAGGACGAUGAUCGCAAUAAGAGGAUGGAGGCCUUGAAGAAUAAUGAUGUGGAUAGAUAUAGAGAGAUGUUAUUAGAACAACAGAGUUGCAUUCCUGGUGAUGCAGGGGAGAGAUAUGCUGUUCUCUCAUCCUUUCUAUCUCAGACAGAAGAGUAUCUUCACAAGCUAGGAAGUAAGAUAACAGCUGCCAAAAAUCAGCAGGAGAUUGAGGAGGCGGCAAGUUCGGCCGCAGCAGCAGCAAAAGCUCAGGGUCUAUCUGAAGAAGAAGUAAGAGCUGCUGCCUCUUGUGCUCGAGAGGAAGUGAUGAUAAGGAAUCGUUUCUCUGAAAUGAAUGCACCAAAGAUCGGCUCAUCUGUUAAUAAGUAUUAUACUCUUGCUCAUGCUGUUAAUGAAAGGGUUUUAAGGCAGCCUUCAAUGCUCAGGGCUGGAACACUACGAGACUAUCAGAUUGUUGGUUUGCAGUGGAUGCUCUCAUUGUAUAAUAACAAAUUAAAUGGAAUUUUGGCAGAUGAGAUGGGCCUUGGAAAGACUGUUCAGGUCAUGGCAUUAAUUGCUUAUUUGAUGGAGUUCAAGGGAAACUACGGUCCGCAUCUUAUUAUUGUUCCCAAUGCUGUCCUGGUUAACUGGAAGAGUGAGCUUCACCACUGGCUUCCAUCUGUAUCCUGCAUUUACUAUGUUGGUGGAAAGGACCAAAGGGCAAGGUUAUUUUCUCAGGAAGUUUGUGCCAUGAAGUUCAAUGUACUUGUGACGACCUAUGAGUUCAUCAUGUUUGAUCGUUCAAAGCUUUCAAAAGUUGAUUGGAAGUACAUUGUUAUUGAUGAAGCUCAGCGUAUGAAGGACAGGGAAUCUGUUCUUGCUCGUGAUCUUGACAGAUAUAAGUGUCAGAGGCGUUUACUUCUCACUGGUACCCCUUUACAGAAUGAUCUUAAAGAGCUCUGGUCUCUGUUAAAUCUUUUGCUACCAGAAGUCUUUGAUAACCGUAAAGCAUUUCACGAUUGGUUUUCUAAACCCUUUCAAAAAGAAGGCCCCACACAUAAUGCUGAGGAUGACUGGCUUGAAACUGAGAAGAAGGUCAUUAUUAUCCAUAGACUUCAUCAAAUUCUUGAGCCAUUCAUGCUCAGGCGGCGUGUUGAAGACGUUGAAGGCUCACUUCCUCCUAAGAUUUCUGUUGUCUUAAAGUGCAGAAUGUCAGCAUUCCAGAGUGCGGUUUAUGACUGGAUCAAGUCCACUGGUAGUAUUAGAGUUGAUCCGGAAGAUGAGAAGCGCAAGGCUCAAAAGAGUACAAUUUACCAACCUAAAAAUUAUAAGAUCUUAAACAAUCGGUGUAUGGAGCUCCGCAAAGUCUGCAAUCAUCCUUUGCUUAAUUAUCCAUACCUGAAUGUCUCAAAGGAUUUUCUCAUAAAAUCUUGUGGUAAAUUCUGGGUUCUGGAUAGGGUCCUUAUCAAACUCCAACGAACAGGGCAUAGGGUACUGCUCUUUAGCACAAUGACCAAACUGCUUGAUCUUUUGGAGGAACACUUGCAGUGGCGGCGACUUGUGUACAGACGAAUUGAUGGGACAACUAGCUUAGAUGACCGUGAAUCAGCUAUUGUGGAUUUUAAUAGCCCAGAUUCUGAUUGCUUUAUCUUCUUGCUCAGCAUCCGUGCUGCUGGGCGUGGCUUAAAUCUACAAACUGCUGACACAGUCAUCAUUUAUGAUCCCGACCCAAACCCAAAAAAUGAAGAGCAGGCAGUUGCUAGAGCCCACCGUAUAGGGCAGACUAGAGAAGUGAAGGUCCUUUACAUGGAGGCAGUGGUUGACAAAAUGGCGAGCCAUCAGAAGGAGGAUGAAUUCCGGAGUGGAGGUGCAGUUGAUUCUGAUGAUGAUCUUGCUGGUACAGAUCGAUACAUGGGAUCCAUUGAGAGUCUCAUUCGAAACAAUAUCCAACAGUACAAAAUUGACAUGGCUGAUGAAGUGAUUAAUGCUGGUCGAUUUGACCAAAGGACUACUCAUGAAGAGAGACGGUUAACUUUGGAAACACUUCUACAUGAUGAAGAGAGAUACCAAGAAACUGUUCAUGAUGUUCCUUCUCUUCAGGAGGUGAACCGUAUGAUUGCGAGGAGCGAAGAAGAAGUAGAACUGUUUGAUCAAAUGGACGAAGAAUUUGAUUGGGAAGACGAAAUGAUUAGGUAUGAUCAGGUACCUAAGUGGCUUCGUUCUAGCAGUAAAGAAGUGAAUGCUGCUAUUGCUAGUUUGGCCAAAAAACCCUCAAGGGACAUCUUUGCAAGCGGGGGAAUUGGCGUGGAGUCCACUGAGAUGGCGGCCUCAGAGUCCGAAAGAAAGGGGAGGGGGCGCCCAAGAGGGAAAAAGUUUCCUGUGUACACAGAGAUGGAUGAGAAUGGUGACUUAUCUGAAGCUAGCAGCUCAGAGGAGCAAAAUGGGUAUUCGGCAGUACCUGAAGGAGAAGUUGGAGAUGAAGAUGAUGAUGAAAUUGCUGGGGGGGCUCCAGUAAACAAAAACCAUUCAGAAGAAGAUGAUCAGGUUUCUGCUGAUGGAUACGAGUAUCAGCAAGCAGCUCCCGGAAAAACUAGAAAGAAUCAUAUACCCGAACUAACUGGUUCAUCAGGCUCAUCUCCCGAGAGCCAAAGAUUGAGGCAAAAGGUAUCCCCAUCUCUGUCAUCUCAGAAGUUUGGGUCCCUUUCCGCACUAGAUGCUAGGCCCACUUCUCGUGCAAAAAGGAUGACAGAUGAAUUAGAGGAAGGAGAAAUUGCAGCGUCUGGAGACUCCCCUAUGGAUCUCCAGUUGUCCGGUAGUUGGACUCAAGGUCGUGAUGAAGGUGAAGAGGAACAAGUCUUGCAGCCCAAAAUAAAACGGAAGCGUAGCAUUCGCUUUCGACCGAAGCAGGCUCCUGAGAGGCUGGAGGAAAAAUCUAUUGAGAAGUUGACAGUCCUCACUCGGAAGUCUUCUCAUUUGCCACAAGUCGAUCGUAAAUACGAUCUACAAACUAGGGAUGCCCGGGGACAAAAGAUUCACGGAGAUCCUUUUCCUCCUAUAAAAGACGAUCCUACUGAUUCAUUGUAUAAGGGUAGACGGAGUUUACCUUCAAGGAAAAGUUCACCUUUAGUGAAUGUACAGGGUGUAGUGAAAUCUGGAAGGUCAAGUGUCUUGCCUGCUCCUCCGGAAGAAUCCGCUGAGCAGAUCAGGCAAAACUGGGAUAGUAAAGCCAUGAGUGCUAGUGGUGGGGCUUCUUGUGGAGUCGCAAGGAUGUCCAAGGGCAUCCAGAUAAAGUGCAAGAAUGUUGUCAUUUCUCUGCAAAGGAGAAUAGCCAAGGAAGGCCAUCAAAUAAUUCCUCUGUUAACUGAUUUGUGGAGAAGAAUUGAAAAUUCUGGUGACAUUGACUCGACUGACGAUAACCUUCUGGAUUUACAAACAAUUGGUGUGCGUGUUGAAGAGGCCGAGUACAGUGGAGUACUAGAGUUUGUAUCUGAUGUGCAACUAAUGUUAAAAAAUGCUGUGCAGUAUUAUGGAUUCUCAAAUGCGGUGAGUUUUGAAGCAAAGAAGGUAAACGAUCUUUUCUUCGACAUUUUGAAAAUGUCUUUUCCUGAGACAGAUUUCCGAGAAGCAAGGAAUUCUGUCUCCUUCUCUGGUGGUCCAUCGGUAGCUGUGCCUGCUGUCUCAGGUUCUUCAACCAGACAGAUUCUGCUUAACCAAAACAAGCGUGGCAGGCUUUUUAGUGAAGCUUUUGCUUCUGAGCCUGAUCCUAGCUCCCCCACCACUCAUAAUAAACCAGCAACACGUGGAUCUCUUCUCCAUGCUAUUGAAGAAGACUCAAAAUCUAGAAGUCACACGUCUCAAAAGGAACCAAAGCCUGGUGUUGUUAGCACCAGCAGCAGCAGGGGGGAAGCGGUGGACAAUCGCCGCCCAUUUACCCAUCCAGGGGAGCUUGUAAUUUGCAAAAAGAAGAGAAAAGACAGAGAGAAGUCAACCUUAAUGAAGACGGUGAGCAGCAUGUCAGGUGGCGGCCACCCUGUAUCGCCACCGCCACCGCUGCCCACUGUUGUGAGCCGCAAUACAAAAAACUCGGGUGGUGUCGCGAUGAUGAUGAAAGAUACAUCCUGGUCGAAUCAGCCGCAGGUCACUCAACAACAGCAAGGGUGGUCUAACCACCAACCACCCCAAUUAACACGUGGUGGUGGUAGUGGGAGCGGUGGAGGUGGCAACAACUCAGUUGCAUGGGCAAACCCCGUGAAGAGGAUGAGAACAGAUUCUGGUAGAAGGCGCCCUAGCCAUUUAUGAUUGAUUGCUGGUGGCAGUGUAUUCUUCUUUGUAAGGAAUGAUUUGGUUGUUUCUAUGUUAAGGUUGGUGUACUACGCUGCAUGUAAAUGGACCCGCUCUAUCGGCUACCUGUUCCUAUAUAGUAUACAAUUUUCUCUGCGGUUCCUGUAAAAUUCUCCCAACUGGUGAUGUCAAAAUCUUAAGAGUUUCUUACCGUAGAUAUUCUAAUGUGUCCAGGGUUCUGAACUGCCGCGCCCAAAUAUUAUUCUGAUUAUUAUAUUAUUAUAAUACAAAGAAAGUCUCACCAGUUCUAC